AUGUGGAAAAUCACAUAUCGCAAGAGAGCUUCAAUGGGGUGUAGUCAACUUUCAAAUAAGAAACAGAUUCGGAGUCUGAUGGUAGAGAUUUUCUUGAACUUCCUCUUGGGUUGUGAUGCAUCAAUUCUAUUGGAUGGAAACAAUAAUGAGAAAAAAGCAGUCCCAAAUUCAAGUGUUAGGGGAUAUGGACUCAUUGAUGCUAUUAAAGAAGCUUUAGAAGCAGAAUGUCAAGGCCUAGUUUCUUGUGCUGACACUAUUUCUAUGGCAACUAGAGAUGCUCUUGUCUUGACUCCAUCUUUGGUAGAUAAUUCAUAUUUUCAAGAAAUUAAAAAGGGAAAUGGGGUUCUUCAAAUUGAUCAGCAAAUAGCAUUGGAUGAAUUGACAAAGAAUAUUGUUGAUGAUAUUGUUAAUGAUCCUGAUUUUUACACUAAGUUUGGUGAGGCCAUGGUGAAAUUGGGUAGAGUUGAAGUAUUAAUUGAUGGUCAAGGAGAAGUGAGGAAAUCAUGUAGGGUUGUUAAUAAGAAGCCAUUUAUUUUUGGAGGGCUCAAUUAG